AUGGACCCAAUCGACCCCCGGCGCUACAUCACGAAGCACAAGCGCGGCGAGUCGCUCACCUCCAAGGAGCAGAAGAUUUUGCUGACGGUGUUGGGGAACGUUAUGAUCGACAACCCCGAGCUGUCUCCCACCCAGGCGUGCAAAAAGACUGCGCACUUGACCGGGACUGGCUACGUCACCGUCUUGAAGAUCAAGAGCGACUUCGACGCCGGUAAGCAGGCCGUGACACCUGGAAAGAAGAGACCGCGACUGGAGCACUUGUCGCAGAAGAGGACCGUCGUGUAUGGGCAUGACGUCGUCAACGGGGUGCGGCGCCUUGUUCAUUCAUUUUUCCGGCGCAACGAGGCGCCCACCUUGCAGAAGAUUAAGGCUGAGCUGGACAAGGACAUCUCUUUGCCCACCAUGAGCACCACUACGAUCCGGAGGUUCCUGUGUGACAUCGGUUUUGUGUACUGCAAACGGAAGAGGAACUCGGCUUUUCUGGAGCGGUCGGACCUUAUCGACUGGCGCCGCCGCUACUUGCGCCAGAUGCAAAAGUUGCGCGCUCAAAAUGCGAAGAUAUUCUACUUGGACGAGACAUGGAUUAACGCCGGCCAUACGACAAGUUACGCGUGGCACGACACGACAGUUGUUUCACCACGCGACGCUCACAGGGAAGGACUCACCGUUGGACUAAAACAGACACCAGGUAAAGGCGGGAGGCUGAUCGUGCUCCACUUGGGCAAUGAGGACGGGUUCAUUCCGGGGUGCAAGCUGGUCUUUGAGGCCGGCAAGUCGGUGACUCUUGAGGACGGAACCCACCAUGACGAAAUGACAGGGCAAAGAUUUGAAGAGUGGUGGGUGGCCGCCAUGGACCACCUGCCUCCAGGCAGUCAUAUAGUCAUGGACAACGCCA